AUCAGACGUAAAUUAAUGACGUAUAGAUUCAUUAUAGAUGCAAUGUUAUGAUUUUAUAUUUAUUUCGAUUACAAUAAUACUAAUUACAAAAGAUGGCUGAGAAAUUGAAACAAAAGGAGCGAACAAAAUCGCAAAAUUUCAAAGAGGAGAAACUGACGGACUUGGCUACCAAAAUUGACGAGACUGACGAAAUGAAAUUGAAAAUGUUGGCGGCAUUAGAAAAGCCGGAACCUGACGACCUUUUAUAUCCACCUGAAUUAAAUGCGCAUUUGCUUGAACAGCUCAAAGUGAUGACUGCGGACAACAAUGAACUCCGCAAAUGCGUAUUCCUCAAAGAUCAAAACAUAGAAGAGUUAAAGAAGACUAUAGCAGAUCUUAACCAGAGAAUCCGUGACAUAAUAUCCGGUUCAGGACCAGCGAUAUCCUCAAAGUCUGCUGGUAUUAUCAGUGCAAAGAUUACAGAACUUUGCAAACAAAAUCGUCAUUUGGUAGCUGAGAUAGAAAGCUACAAAACUAAAAACGCUGCACUAGAAAGAAAAGUUAUGCAGCUGGACAUUCUUAAUAAAGAACAUGAGAAACUUGACCUCUGUUUAUGUAAAGAUGAACCCAUAGAUGUGAAUCCUGAUGAACUUAAAGAACUGAACAGCAAACUGUCUUCAGUCAACAAAAAACUUUAUGAAAGUAAGAAUAGGAAUCUAGAACUCAAAAAUGAUAUUCUAAUGGCCACGAAAAUACUACAGCAGGAGUUAGGGGACAAGUUUACGAGUAUUAAGGAGUUGCAGAAUGAUGUGGCUGGUUGGAAAGGAAGGGCACAACAGAUUGUUUUGUUACAAGCUAAAGUUAGUGAGCUUGAGGAUAAAUUGAGUGGAAAACAGAAAGCAGAAAUGAACCCUGACGUUAAGAGGAAGGACCAGAGUCAGAUUAUUCGCGAAUUAGAACAUAGAAAACGGAAAGAAAUGGAACUUGCAUUGAAAGAUAUAGAUCUCCUUAGAGAAGAGAAUCAUGAAUUGAAGAGAAAACUUGACGGUGCAAGGUGUCGCAUUAGAAACCUUGAAUGCGACGCAACAACCAUCAGGCAAAAGAUGCAGACGUUUUCGGAGAAAAGUAGCCAUGAUGACAUGUUGAUUAAUGAGCAAAGAAAUCAAAUAAAGACCUCAGAGCUGUAUUAUCAAGAAAUUCUUAAAGAAAACACAUCAAAAAUGAAUAGGAUGAACGCUGAAAUCGGUGAAUAUCAAAAACUAAUUAAAAACACCGAUGCUAAAAUAGAUGCUCUGCGGAAACAAGCUUCAGAGAAGACUGCAAAAAUUGAAGAAUUGAGAGCUCAACUAUUGCGGUACGAAGAAUGCUCUUUACAAAGCAUAUUCUUCACUCCGAUGAAAACCGCAACAGACAAUGAGAUAAAGAAGCUAUCAGAACUUGUUGUAAUACUAAACUCGAGAAUAGACAACGAAAGACACAAAUGGGAGGAACUAGAAGAGACUCAUAGGAAAAUGAAAGAAAAGAAGAGGCGCUUGGAAAGAAGACUUUAUUCCUUAGAAGAUGAGGUUAAACUGUUGAAAGAAACCAGGAAGUCAAAGUUUUCAAAGACUGUUAUGAAAGAACAUUCCGAUGGUACCAAUGGGUCCUCCACUACGAUGCAACGCAGACAGUCUUCUGUUGGUUAUGUGCCUGAGAAACCAAGUGAAACUCUAACUACUGAUUCGCAGCCAGGGGAAGAUAAUCUUGACAAAGAUGAUCUAAAAUACAAGCUGGAAUUGACUGAAGAAAAGUUAAAAAUAUUAGAGGAUAAACUAAAGAUGAUCGAAGAAGAAAAGCAAUAUGAUUACAAUCACUUAACCGAAAUGAUUCAAACAUCAAAACAAUUAUUCAAUGAAGCACUGGCAGUGCUUCAAAAGGAGAAGUGCUUGUGUUCGUAGUGCAUUUUAUAUGUUAUUUAUUUUGUUUAAUUACAUAGGUAGUGGAAAAUAAACUGUUUUAUUUCAUUUGGAAGUUAAA